AUGUCUCACAAUGCCAAGUUUGACAUUAAUCUUAUAUCUAAACAUUGGUAUAUCAAUCCAAUGCAAGCAUCAAACUUUUCCAUAAUUCUGGGUACUAUUGCUAUGGAAUUUGAUACAAAUGAAGAAAUAAAUCAAGUCAUAUAUAUUCAUGGACCUGAUGCAAAUCGAGCUAGCAUUUAUGCUAGCAUUAAACAAAAGCAAGAAUAUGCACAUGGUUUUGGUGUAGCAAAAAGCAGAUUAAAGUUUGCUCUUGAGAAUGGAUUGGUUAACAAAUUUGUAGGACUAAUAGCAAGAUUUAUUGAAAAUCAUAGUGGCGUUGCUAUUAAUGAGCGUAUAACGGUUGACAUUACUCAGAUUGAAAAUCCCAAAAAAUUGAAGCACAAAGGAUGUCCAAAAUUGGUAAAUUCUACACAGCAAAAAUUAAAUUCAAGGCGAGAUAAGUUGAGACCAAUAACUGAAUCAGAAGAUGAAUAUAUUGAAGAAGGUUCAUCAAGAAAACGAGUUAAUGAAAUGAAUAGUGAAAAUUCUAUGCCAAAAGUGGAGGGGGUUAUUACUGCUUUGAUGUAUUUGAGUAGUGCAAUUUAUGCAAAAUGUAGAUUAAUAUGUAAUUGGAUACGGAUUUAG